GUGGAUCCGUGGCUGAUCGUACGCAAUCAUUGGAUGGGGCGUUGCCAUGGAAACCGGGGUCACAUGCGUGGGUUUCCUGUACAGCCAUCAUCAUCAUCACCACCGGAGGAAGAAGCCGAGGAUGGUGAUGAUGCUGCACGGCCCAAAGAGGCGUUUUCUCGAGCCCAAAGAGCAUCUUUGACAGCAUUUUGACGUCUUUAUUAUUUGUGUGUGUGUGUGUGUGUGCCAUUGUUGUCGAGCCCUCGAGCCUUUCUCGACGUCCUGCUCGUCACGCCCCAGGAAUGAGUAUAGAAAUCCCCGCGGGGCUGACGGAGCUGUUGCAGAGCUUUACCGUUGAAGUGCUGAGGAGCCAGCCGGGGGACCUGCUCGACUUCGCCCUGCAGUACUUCACUCGCCUCAAGGACCGCGAGAGCAGCCGCAAUCGCCGCCGGGCGCCGCUCGGCCGAGACGGCAACGAGGAUGGCGGGGAGCCGCACCGAGCUCACGGUGGUAAGGCGGUCAAUUUCCUCGACGAGGCUAUGCAGAUCGACUCGGAGAACGGAGAAGACCAAGACGACGACGAUGAGGAGUUUCAAGCGCCCAUAAUAAACCGAUUCAUCAGGAGAGCAUCAGAUGUCUCCACACCUCCAUGCGCCAAUGAUCUUGGUCAGAAUUCGGAAUACACGACUGCAAUGUGCGCCGAAGCCUUCAAUCCCGAUGAAGACGACGAGGAUAAAGAGCCACGGGUGGCCCACCCCAAAACGGACGAGCAGCGACAGAGACUACAGGAAGCAUGUCGGGACAUUCUUCUCUUCAAGAACUUGGAGCCCGAAGAGAUGUCCCAAGUGUUGGAUGCCAUGUUUGAGAAGUUCUGCACCCAAGGCCAACGCAUUAUUGAGCAGGAUGACGACGGGGACAACUUCUAUGUGAUUGAAAGGGGGACCUUCGGCAUUUUCGUCAAAGCGGACGGCGGCGACAAGCCGGUGGGUUGCUACGACAACGGCGGCAGCUUUGGAGAACUGGCGCUGAUGUACAACACGCCGAGGGCAGCCACCAUCGUCGCCAACUCGCCCGGGGCCCUCUGGUGCCUCGAUCGUCUGACGUUCCGCAGGAUCAUCGUGAAGAACAACGCCAAGAAGCGAAAGUUGUACGAGGCCUUCAUUGAAACGCUUCCGCUGCUCACGUCACUGGAGCUCUCCGAGAGGAUGAAGGUGGUGGACGUGAUCUCGACCAAAGUGUACCGUGACGCGCAGCAGAUUAUCGCACAGGGCGAAUUGGCAGAUUGUUUCUACAUUGUGGAGUCCGGCCAAGUUCGGAUCACCAUGAAGAGGAGCAGGACGAAAAAGGAGCCGGACGAGGAGGAAGUGGAAAUCGCCACGUGCUCCCGGGGCCAAUACUUCGGGGAGUUGGCGCUGGUCACCAACAAGCCCAGAGCUGCGUCCGCCUAUGCCGUGGGCAGCGUCAAAUGCUUGGCAAUGGACGUGCAAGCUUUUGAGCGUCUCCUGGGCCCGUGCAUGGACAUCAUGAAAAGGAACAUCGCCAACUACGAGGAGCAGCUCCUCAUGCUGUUUGGAAGUCGCAGCGAGAUGGAGCAGCGCUGCGCCUGAGAGCGACGGAACGGACGGCUUCUCGGUAAAGGGGGAAAAAAAGACGGCGGCCGUCGCAACCAGACGUAUUUUGCGGUAAAGCGACGUAGGCCAAAGCGGAGUCGCUCCGAGCUCCUUUUCCGUCCGACGGAUCGCCCUUUGCGUGUACAUUUGUCCCGUGUUGGUGUCCCGUGUUUGUCGGCGUAUCGGCUCAAAAGACGCCUUUUGCCCGGGAAGGAACGUCCACGCGCCUCGGCAUUUUUACAGAGCGUUUGUGCCUGCCCGGCAGCCGACUACUCUUCUGUUGCAAACGAGAAAAAAAGCAAACAAAAGAGCAGAUAGUUUUCUAAGCCUUACCAACACAGUGUUGUACAAUUUAAUCAUCAUACUACGUAGCUUUCAUUGCUUAAGUGUGUCAUAGUACAUGGUGACAUUGAAUUGUUUGAAAUUUUAGUCAUACUCACAUUUUGGCUGUGUCAGCGAAGCAUCUUUUACCAUGACGCUUAAUGUCUACCUCGACCGACCAACCGCUCAAACCAUUUUAACGUUUGUUUUCCAAUGAACGUGGUGGUGGGAAUAAGGGACACUUUGUGCAUGUGCUCAGCCCCAAAUCAAUUUCCAAAACAACCUUUCUUUUCAUGCCUCGUGCGCCCACUUUUCUUUUCUUCAACCCAAAUCGAUUGUGCCAUUACUGUAUGCUGUACACUUUUCAUGUCAAUAAAAACACUUUUUGUAUCAA